UACCCAAGGUUUCAUUUGCACCUUUCAUCUGACACUGUGAUCGGGUUUUUACCUGGCGGAGUAAUACAACAGGAACUAUAAUCAGCAUUGAUUCUUUCACGAUCACGACCAAUCAUGCAUAGCGGUUUCGUAGCGCUGUCAGUCACAGGCAUGCAGAUUUCCAAUAGCAGAUAAAAAUGCGGACGUUUUGAAUUUGGAUCGCUGUGAUCUCCAUUCUCUCCAGACUUGAUGAUCAUUUUUCUAGUUUAUGAGGAUUAACCCAGUAUUUAUUGCAUAGUGACUUGAAAAAUAUUUCGCCAUGGGAUGAGCGGAAAUAUAUAUGCCAGCGAAUUUAUUUUGAUUUGGAAUCAUAGCCAAAAGUUAAACAAUGUCAGAGAACAAAGUCAAAGGAGGAGGGGAACAAAAUCUGACAGUGGCACUCAGGAUAAGGCCAUUGAAUGAAGAUGAAAUUCUUCAAGGAGCCACACAGAUAGCAUACAAAGUACAGAAAAAGAUGGUGGUAUUGAUGGACCCCAUGGAAGACCCCGAGGACGUGUUGAGAGCCAAUCGUUCUCGAGAGAAGCAGUUUGUCUUCGAUUAUACAUUUGAUGGUGGUGCUUCUCAGGGGGAAGUAUACCGAACGACCUCUCAGUUUCUGAUUCCCAGUGUAAUUUCGGGAUAUAAUGCCACUGUUUUUGCCUAUGGCGCCACAGGUGCAGGAAAGACCUACACAAUGCUGGGGGCACAUGAUGAGCCAGGAAUCAUGGCCCAGGCCCUCAAUGAUCUAUUUUUAGAAGUGGAGAGGACCAGUGAGGACAUGUCCUACAAAGUGACCAUGUCCUAUUUAGAGAUAUACAAUGAAAUGAUUAGAGACCUUCUGAAUCCAAGUGCUGGAAUUCUAGACUUACGAGAAGAUGCCAAAGGUGGAGUCCAGGUGGCAGGACUGUCCGAGGUCAUGGCAAGGUCAACAGAUGAGGUGAUAGACAUGUUACUGAAGGGAAAUAAAGAGAGGACACAGGAACCCACAGCAGCAAAUAAGACCUCCUCACGAUCUCACGCUGUCCUUCAGGUGUCCAUCAAACAACAGAAUCGUGUCCGCAACACCACACAGGAAGUCAGGAUGGGGCGUCUCUUUAUGAUUGAUCUGGCUGGGUCGGAGAGGGCUGCUAACACACAUAAUCGGGGGAAACGUAUGGUAGAGGGGGCUCAUAUUAAUAGAUCCCUCCUUGCACUUGGAAACUGUAUAAAUGCCCUCACUGAUACAAAAGGAUCUAAGUACGUGAAUUAUCGAGACAGUAAGCUGACGCGUCUUCUAAAGGAAGCCCUUGGAGGGAACUGUAAAACGGUCAUGAUUGCCCAUAUAAGCCCCGCCUCCCUGCAUUUUGAGGAAUCUAGAAAUACACUUGUUUAUGCCGACAGAGCAAAACAUAUUAAAACGAAGGUGAGGAGGAAUGUUACUGAUGUGUCGUACCACAUUGCUCAGUACACCAACAUAAUCCAAGAGCUUAGAGAGGAGAUCCAGAGACUAAGACACAGACUCCAUGACAAAUCUAGUCCCAGGCCAGGGGCUAAUAUACUCUCUGUACAAGCUGAAGUUGUUGAGGCAAAGAGGGAGGAACUGACCAAACUCAAGGAACAACUGCUCAUAUCAUUCAAGGAUCAGAUGGAGCUCAGGAAAAGUUUAAUGGAGUUGAACAAUGCCUCUAUGGAGGUCAGUCUGGAAACCAAUAGGAACCAACUCAUCAUUAGCGAGUGGGAGUUGGAGAAAGCCAGAUUUUCCAGAAGAAAGGAAGGGGGAGAUAAGGCAGAUACAGAGGAUUCUAAGGCUCUGGAGCUGGCUGGGGCAGGAUCAGAUGAUCUUCAGGAGACGGAGGACGUGAAGCUCGCCCGGGAGGAACUCAAGGUGCUACAUGACGAGAAGCAUCGGACGGAGAAGUUACGAACCACAGUCAUGAAGGAACUGGAACAGGCCCGAGUGAAAACCCGACGUAUUGAGGAGACUAUUCCACAUAGAAUCAACACAGAAGAUCAGCGUGAAAUCCUCAGUCUGCUGUGUAAAGUUCACGAAUUAGAGAUUGAAAACACAGAGACCCAAUCAGCCUGUCUGUUACGGGAAUUCCAAAUUAAACGCAAAGAUAUGGUGAUUUCGCGAUUUCGUCAACAUCAGAAUCUUUGUGAUCAAAUUAUUCGACGACAGAAGAAAAUUAUGGAAGAAAACAAAAUUGCGCCCACUCAGGAUUUAGAGGAGCUGUACAACCUGUAUCAGUUGGAACAGGAUGAUAGGAUGAUGCUGAGGGAGGACUCGGGACAUCUCAGUCCUGAACUCAGAUUAAAGGCUUCCUCCAAUUCCAGUAAUUACAGGAACCUCCCUGACGAAGUGGAUCAGCUGAGUACACUGACUGAGGAGGAUGAGAGGGGGAACCUGCUGACCUACAGAUCAGGUGAUGGUGAUGACAAACUCUUUUCAAAGAGUGCAAGAGGACUGAAGGGUGGGGCCAGCUUAACAGGUGCUUGGAGGAAUGACUCUAAUUUAAGUAAUGGUGCAAGUGGUAGAAAUAGUGAUCAGAAUGGUGCAUUUGGAAACCCAUCUCCAGACAACAGGAAAGAAAUUGCUUCAAACACACGCAGCAUCGCAGCACUGGCUGCUAAGAAGAGGUCAAAAGCACACAGUGACCUUUUGAACUUGGAACGACAAUUCGGAGGUGAACCUCGAACACUUUAUAGAAAUUCAGGUGAUAAGAAUAAUUCUGACAAUGAUUAUCUAUCUCCCUCCACCUUGGCAAGACAUGACAGGAACUAUGGAGAACUAGUGCUGCCCCCACUGCAUAAGCCUCCCAGCGAGGACCUGGACAACAUUUCUACAGGGACAAAGCAAAGUACAAACACAGACAGCACACUGCCUCCAUUGAGGAAUGAGAACAAUUUCAGGAGAGGGGAUAUAAAGAGAAAUAGAAGAACAAGGGGUUAUGAUGUAUCUCAGAAUAGGAGGUCCCAGUCUCUUGGAGACAAUGGAAAAUCAGGUGACAGUAGGGAAUGGACGCCCCCUGGUGUUACAAAAAGAGGCGGCAAAACCAAACGCUUCAAUAACAGAGGGUCAAAUGAACAUAAUGGCAACACAAAUAACAGGAAAAAGGCUCCCACAAUUCCAUCCUACAAGAAGGGGGACAUAACUGUGAUGGGAUUCAGCCUGCCUCGAUAGAUUUUUGUUCCUCCAUAGCUAUAGAUUAACUUGUCUUUGUCUAUGUGAACAUGAUCUUGCCACUUUAUUCUUCUAAUAAGUCGCUCCAGUGUCUUAUUGUCAUUUAAUGAGAAUUUAAAGUGUGCUUUAUUUAUAUUCCCUUUGUAGCUGUUUGUGAGUCAUGGUACUAAAUGUUACAAAAGGUGGCGAUUUUGCUGGGGAAAAUUUAACAAUUUUUAUACCCUUUAAUAGGAACUGCAGACCAUCCAUAUUUAUUUAUCUUGAGUAGUCAUGAUAAUGCAUUUGGAAAAAAAGGGAAACACAUACACGUACGUCCUCCACGAAAAUACACAUUGGCACUGUAAGUAAUUUGAUUUAAGAGAAAAUUCAUUUUUUUCCUUAGAUAUUUUUUAUCUCUAAGGAAAGUUUUUUAUCUGAUUGCUUGUGAAACAUUUUUUUUCUGUAUGAAUGUCUUAAUUGUGUGAGAAAUGAACUGCAUGAAAUAUUGUGCCAAUCAAUUGAAAGACUCCUUUAUUUUCAUGUGAAAAUUCUUUCUAAAUUCUUGAUACCAUAAAGUAUAUUUUAUAUGGGCAUAUAAAAUCUAAAUACUUUAGGAAUUUAGACUAUGUAUAAAAAACUUUGCUUGACUAAAAUAGAUAAAAACAUUUUAUUGCAAAGAUUUGGAUAGUGAAUUGACUAUUACAGCAAAAUUAUAUUUUUGUCUCUAUUACAUUUAAUACAAAACAAUAAAGUAUUGCACAAAUCACAGGUGUAAUAAUGUAAUAUACAUGUAUACAAACACUAUUCAGCCUUUGAGGAUUAUUGUAACUGUAACUGUGUUGUUUUUAUUUUACUCUGGGUAAAUUUUUGAUCUUGCCAUAAGAGAGUCUGUGAUAUGAGAACUGCUGAUACACAUCUUUGAUUUAUGUGUAAUAACUGUGUACCCAGGUUGUUGUAUGAAAGGGGUGUUUGUGUCAUUAUUUUUUCUUGGUCAUGGAAGACCAUAUUCUGUUCAACAAAUAUAAAACAUGGGAUCAUAAAUUCCAAGGAUUAUAAUUUAUUUUAAUGUCAUAAAUGGAACUUUGUGUCCUUAUUCAUUUGUUAACUUUUUUUUUUUUAAAUGUACUUAUAUUUGGAUACUAUUGUAAUGAAAAUACAGUGAAACCUUGUUAUCUUGAACUUGAUGGGUCCAAAAAUAAAGUUUGAAAUAUCUGAAGAUUCAAGAUAUGACGUUAAAGUACACAAGAAAAAAAGUGGUUGGUACAAUGUACUUCCAACUCGCUUUGAUAUAUCCAUGGUAUUCAAGAUAUCAAUGUUUGGUGUACUGAAGUUCUCUAACUAUGUGCUUGGUUUCUUUGAUAUUUUCUUUUAUUUUUUUUAAAAGCCCAAAAUACUAGAGCUACUGUCCAGGCAUUGUAACUCCUGUUAAACUAUAAUUUUUUGCAUCUAUUUGUUGUUAUUUAUUGUUGUUUGUUUUUUUAGAAACUUUUUUUUCAUUAAUUGUUAAUCUGUUACUAUUUGUUUGGGGGUUUUUUUUUGUGCUUGAGUGAAAUCAUGCAAUAAUAUUUUUACAUGUGAUGUUACUGAAAGUUGUUCAGUAUAUGGUAGGAAUUGUAAAUGCAAUGUAAAUAUUUUACAUUAUAGAUAAGUCUGCUGAUACUGAAAAGUGACCUUGAACUACAUUUUUAAAAUUUUAUUAAAAUUGUUUGACAUGAGCUUGGCUUUCUGAAGCGUGCACUUUGUAAUUUCCAGACCAUGCACCAAAGUAGUACCUAAAAAAGAGGUACGCCACACCAAAAUUUUAUUUACUGGAUCUUUUAAACAACUCUUUUGUAAGAUGAAUUCAGUAAUGAUAGACCACAAUAAGCUUUUAUAAAUUAUUUUAAAUUAUUUUUUUUUUCAUAUUUUUUUCAACAUUGUUUAGAUUGAAAAUGAACCACUUUACAGCUCAGAAUAAUAUAAAUAACCCUUAUAAACACGUCAAGAAGAGUCAGACAUUCAAAUAUUUAUUUUAAAAAAAAAUUAUUUAUUAUUAGAUAAUUAUUUAUAUUAUACAUAAACUAACUGCAAAUUUUGAGUUCUUAUGUGUCUUAUUUGCAGCCAAAACCAUUUUCACAUUUUUUCUGAAAAAAAUAUACCAAAAAUAAAUUAUAUAAAAUCAGAGCUGAUGUUGGUCAAAGCUGAAAUCAUAUUUCCAAAGAGAUGUGUUAUAGAUCCAGUAUAUGACAUUUUGGCAAGGCAUACCUCCUUAAUUGUCAGUUAAAUGAUUUAAUUUCAAAUUUUAGACAUAGGUGGUAGACAUUUUUUUAACCUGUGAAUCAAAUAUCAGUAAAUUAUGCUGCAUAGUUCAAGGACUAAGAAUAGAAUUCUAAAUUUUUAUUCAUUUUUUGGGGGGAGGGGGUAUUACUUAGUCAACUACAUUUAUGUUUCAAUAGAAUAAAUUGUUAUUGCAUGCAUUGUAAUAAAUAUGAUGAAAUAAAUUUAUUUAUUUGAUAA